AUGAAACUAUUUCCAGCAAAAACUAGUGCCAACAACAGUAAAGGCAAGAAUGGAAAUUGUUUGGCAUCAAGGAAAUCGUCCUCCGAUUUAAAAACACUUGUUCCCUCGGCAGAUGCGUCAGCUAUUUCACCAGACGAAAUUGUUUCCGCAGAUGUUUCUUCUAUCAUAACUGUCGAAGGUGGAAAAGUUGAUACGGACCAUUCUACAAUAGCAGAAACCCAAAACAGUACCACUUCCGAAGUCAGUCCUAAAGAGUUACUCAAAAACAGCCUUAUAAUUUUGAUUAUUGGCCCACCUGGAGCCUGCAAAAAUGAAAUUGCUCAACUUGUUGCAGUAAAAUAUGGAUUUUUUUACAUAAGUAUGGGAGAGUCAUUACGACAGAAGGUUUCCAAAAAUCAGGAUGACGAAUUAUGGAAAAAAAUUGGUGAAAAAAUGAACAUUGGCGAUCCCAUCCCAAUGAAAAUUUGUCGCAAUGUUCUAUAUAAUGAAAUGCUUGAAAAUGGAAGCCAAAAUUCAGGUUUUAUUAUCGUAGGUUAUCCAAGAACACAGCAACAAGCUAAGGAUUUUUUGGCCCAAGUAUGA